CACCGCCUGCCCUGCGCAUCCUUCACACCAGCAGCUCCCCCGCCGACCCGCCGGAGGAUCCGGAAGCCUCUGGAUGUUUCUGCAGACAUCUGUGGAGUCUUUUAAAGGCUGAGCAGCCGGCAAGAUCGUCAGCAAAGUUUUGUUCAAAUUUUGAGAUCGGAAAGUUUUCCUUGAAUUUUUUCACUUUUUCAGCAGGAGAAAACCUUUUGCAAACUUUGAUUUCAAAAUUUUGACAGCAUUUCAAGCAGAUCGUGUUGUGCUAACAUCUUGUAUGAAAUUGUUUUUUUAUAUAAUCACUGGAAGAAACAGCAACAGCAAUUACAAGACUUUAUCUAAGCGAAAUAUUGAUUAAACACAAAUAUUUGGAAACCAUCGUGUCAGAAUGAGUAGAGGAGACGCCGCCGCCGUUUCACCGCAGGAACCGCAGCCAUUUAAACGGGCUCAGCGCAGAAUCAAAUGCGCUGCGAUGGUGGCGAACCUGGCUAAGAGUUGGCAAGGAUGGGCCAGCGAACAUGCAGGCCAACAGGAUUCAAUCCCAACUGGCUGGAUGCCUUCAUCUGUAGAGGAGGAAGGCAAAAAAGACCAAAGCCACGUGGUAAAACUCAGCGUUACUCCACGAGUAAUCAAAGCAGAACCCGGGGAUGGCAAAGAAAACAAAAUCCGGACCUGCUCCGUCACCAGGACUGUCCAGCUGAAACGCAGCGAGUGCAGCAGCAGCAACGUCAUAAACGAAAUCCGUGACAAAAUGGAGUCCGGUCCCGAAGAGAGCAAGCCGUUUCUGGGCAAUGAGUCGCCAACACGGCGCCGUCAGAUGAGGGCGCUGCAGAGCGCGGAAGCUGCAGGACCAGGUGGGAACAUCCAGGACAGGAAGAUGAUGCUCCAGGAGAAGAAACUGAGCUCCAGAAGCAGCAGCGUGGAGACAGAGGACAGCGGACUGGGGGAGGACGGGGGACUCAGCGACAACAGCGACUCCAAGGCCGAACAAAGUGAAGGCCUAGUUAAAGCACGAGCCAACAGGCCAAAGAUUAAGAUUGCCUCCAUGGGUGACAUCAAAAGCCGCUGGCAGCAGUGGUCCGAGCAGCACAUGGAGGGCCAGAAGCUCAACCCGUUCAGCGAGGAGUUUGACUACGACUUUGCGAUGUCUCAGCGUCUCCGCAAAGGGGAUUCUGGCUACGGUCGGCCCAAAGACGGCUCCAAAACCGCUGAGAGAGGAGACCGGGCCCACAAGCACAUCCACAGAGAGAUGGAGGAAAUGGUCUGGAUCAUCCAGGACAUGGGCUUCAAAGACAAGGAGGGUCGGACUAUCAUCAGCUUUGGAAGACUCUUCGAUCGCUACGUGAAGAUUUCAGACAAGGUGGUGGGGAUUCUUCUGCGCUGCCGCAAACACAAGAUGCUGGACUUUGAGGGGGAAAUGCUGUGGAAAGGACAGGAUGACGAUGUUAUUAUCACACUGAGAGACUGAGGACAGAAAAGCUCAUUAUUCAGCUCUUUCAUGAAACAUAAAUAAAGCAUUUAUAGAGUUCAAACAUAGUAAACAGACGGAGCACAGAGAUACAAGACUGAACAAAAUACAGACCAGUUUCUGGAAACACACACACACACACACACAUUUCCCUGUGCCUCAUUAGUUCUCAUAUAUAUGCUGAGAUGAAGGGUAGCUAUCUUUAGCAUGCUAACUAUGUGUGCCUUGCUAGCUAUGCUACAUGCUAGAGGACUUGGAAAUCCAACAAUAUGCCAGUUAUGCUGCGACUUUCCUCUGAUUGCAGCUGAAGAAGCAGAACUUCAUGAUCUGUAAAGAAAUCACAUCCAGUCCGUGUUUUACUUAUUAUUAUUACUUAUUAUUAUAUUAUUUUACUUAUUUAUUUUAUUUCAAACAGGUUUUAAAAACAAGAGAACAAGCAACCAGUGGGACAGAGAAAAAUAUUCAUAACCAAGAGCAAAAUGAUUUGUUUACCACGACUUUUCCGUUAGCACAGGAGUAAGAAGUGAACAUUUAUUUCUGAUGUUUAAACAUAUUUUGUCUGAAACAAAAGAAGAAAACUGAAUGUGCCAUCAGAAGGAAAAUACAGUAAAAGAGCUAAUAGUAGAGAUAUAUCAAAAUAAAUCCAAGAGUAUUUAGAGCUUUUUCUAGCAACAUGAUUUUAAUUAUGAAAAACACAUUAAAAAUGUUUAGUGUAUUUUGAAUAGGAUUUGAUGAACAUUUCAUAUUUUGCGAAUGUAUUUGACAAAAACAGAUUAAUGUAGGUUGUAGAGGCUAACUUAAACUAUUGUGUUAAAUUGUUUUAUAAAUAAAUAUUUAAUAUUUA